CAUGGCUGUUGGCGAUUGGCAAAACAAACAAGCUGCCGGCACAGCAAUGGGCAGGCAUGAACGACACUCUGGAUGUAACCAAAUCAACUGUCGUUUCUGGGAAUUUCAUGUUUUAUUGGAACGGGAAGGGAAGCUGAGCUGAAAGCUAAGAGGGACUGACACGUAAGCAUAAGGGGGCAAACACGGAAUUAUCUGCAAACCAUGGGUAAAAGUCGUAAUUUUUGCAGCCCCAAGCUUUGCCCUUUUUAUAUUCAUUUUACCCUUUUUACUUGAAUUUACUAAUAACAUUCACCCAAACUCCGAAACCAAACCCUCAGUCCGCCGCCCCUUUUUUGAUUCAUUUUUUAGGCUAGUGAUAGUAAUAAUUUAUUUGAACUAUUAUGCUGUAGUUUAUAUUUACUAGAAGUAAUUUCUGUUGAUUUUACCGUGAAGAGAAAAGGAUGGAGCUUUUCACCAGCGGCCGGGAAGCUUUCCCUCAACACGUGGCGCCUUUUCCUGAUUUAACGGCAAUGAUUGAAUCCGCGGAGGACAUGGUGAUGGAUAAUCACCGGCCAAAUCUACCGCCUCAGAAGCUGCGUCCGAUUAGGUACAACGGCAGGUCACAGGCGAGCUCACAGGCGGAGGAUCCCUUGGAAUUCGUUGAGGCAGUUGAACUCGUAGGUGAUGAUGUCUGCGCUGUAAAUGGAGAUUCCUUUGACUACUUGGUACCUCCUAUUAAAGCCGAAGUUGGUGACGUGAUGGGUACUGUCGGCUGCGGCGGCGGUGGGUUAGAGGAGCCGCCAAGCUCGGAGCAGAGAGAAGAGCCUUCAGGCAAAUCAUCUUCGGAUAGUUAUGGUGAUGAUUCGUCAGCAACCUUGAAUGCACCUUUAAAGAAAAAUAGGAAGCGGAAAAGAACAGAAAAAGAUGAAAUUUUCUUGGAAAAAUUAAUGAAGAAAAUGAUGGAUAAGCAGGAACAGAUGCACAAGCAAUUAUUAGAGAUGGUUGAGAAGAGGGAAAGAGAGAGAAUAAAUAGAGAGGAAGCAUGGAAACGGCAGGAGAUGGAAAGGAUAAAACGGGACGAGGAGGCAAGAGCUCAAGAGAUGUCCCGUAGCAUAGCUCUCAUUUCCUUUAUCCAGAAUGCUUUGGGCCAUGAAAUUGAAAUACCGAUGCCGUCAACAAUGUCAUGCACGGAGGAAAAUGGAGGUAAAGACUUGAGUGAAGAUCACAUUCAAAAGGACCUGAUUAAUCCAUUUGGUCCAACAAAUAAUAGAUGGCAGAAAGGGACAAUGCAAGCCAACGUGGUUGAAAAACAUGUCGAUGGAGACGGAGGUGUCAUCUGUGAUCCAAAUAAUAGGAGAUGGCCAGAUGCGGAAGUGCAAGCGCUGAUAAUGCUUCGAAGCACUUUGGAACACAAAUUUCACGUCUCAGGCUCAAAGUGCUCCAUAUGGGACGAGAUAUCUGUCGGGAUGUACAAUAUGGGUUACUCCCGAAGUGCAAAGAAGUGUAAAGAGAAAUGGGAAAAUAUCAAUAAAUACUUCAGAAAGUCGAUGGUAAGUGGCAAGAAGCAUCUAGAAAACAGUAAGAGAUGCGCAUAUUUCCAUGAUUUGCACAUGCUGUACAAGAAUGGAUUCAGUAGUCAAGUGAACCAUUUGAACUGCACCAAAGUUGAAAACGCAGACAAUGGUGAAAGCUUGAAAGGGAUCUUGAAAGCCUAAAAUGCACAAAAUGUUGAGGCAAACGAGGACUGGUUUUUAAAACGGAUUAUGAGGCAGUCACGAGAUAUCUGUUGGCUGUGGUUUAGAGCUUAGAAUCUACUUAUUUGUCCAUUUUUUUUCUACCCAUUGACAAUCCUUCCUGUUGUGUUCAUUCCUAUAUGAGA